AUGCACUACAUCAAGAUCUCCAACGACGAUUGGGAGGAGAAGGAGAGGGAGCUGAAGCAGCUGCGGGAGCUGCUCGAGCGGAAGGAGCUGGAGAACCAGCUCAUGAAGGCGGAGCUGGAUGCCGUGCGCAUCCGAAACAACCGGCUGCUGGCGCGCGUUCAGAAGCUGGAGGCGGAUUUUGAGCGCAUCUAUGGCUUCUGCCAGAGGACUCUGCACACCGCCAAGCAGCAUGCCAAGUUUGGCAGGUGCACGAUUAGGUGGCUUCGGUGGAAGCUGAGUAGUCUGGCGGCGGGCGAGUGGGAUGACCCCCAGCAACAGUAA